GCUUCUUGUGGCUUCUCAACGCGAGACGAUAGACUCGCGGUCCACGUAGCAUCGUUUAUGGGAAAAGUAUGCGCGGUUGUUUGUCACUCGUCGCGACGGAGGCUCGCUCCCGACGUAUCUAAACGUCAAUCGGUUAUUUGGAGUCCGAAUAAUGACAAUGGCCCAGCUGCGAGCCAUUAGCCAAAACGUAGAGAUGCACUUGGGCGCGUGACAAUGCUAUUUAGCGCCGCUUGGCUGGCCGUGGGAAAUGUUAACAUUGACUCAUCGUUGAUGGAUUAACGAGCUCGCGCAAAUAAGACGUUUUGCGAACGAUAUGAGCUCCAAGCACAGUCCUUCGAAGAUCAGCUUAAAUAUGACGAAAGGGAAAUCACACGCAAUGUCGGUACCUGUGAUACGCUAUCAUGCCAGCGACGACGAAUUGGAGGAACUUUAUCCAAAUACAGACGAUGAGAAACCCUUGAUUCCGGAUUCUGAAAGGGCUUCCCCAAAACAUAGUCCUAAAAAAAGUUGUAUCAGCAUUACUAACGAAGGAAGUAACUUUGAUGAUUGUUUUGACAGACAGUCAGUGAGUUUGGAUGAAAAUUCAUCGGAAGGAAUACCAUCGUCUGAUCCGUGGAAAGUAUUAUCGAACAUUAAAGGCAAAAUUACAAAAACCUUUGAGGAAAGAUUAUGUGAAAUGAAGAGCGAGAGAAAAAAAUCAAAACAUAAUAGAAGUAUGGACAAUUAUUGCGUUAGUGAUUACGAAGACUUUGGUGAUAUAACGCCGACCGAAGAAACCAACUCGGAUAAACAAGAUAAAGAUUCUCCUGUUUUAAGGAAAAGAGCAAAUUCAUCUAGAUUCGUAGGAUUUUCUUACAUCAAAACUGGUUUAAAAGCAAAAAAAUUAGAGGACGAUAGUGUUGAAAGUGGUAUCGAGGCAUCAGAAUUGACCUACAAUGGUCCUAACGAAGAGGCUAGUUCGUAUAUGGAAAUCGAAAAGAGUCCACAUAUUAAUACAAAUGUUUUAACUAGGCUUAAAGAAAAUAUAAAAUCAUUUUUGCCAGAGACUUUUAAAUCAUCAAAUUUAAUUUUAACGGAAUCUGACUACUUACGUAUACAAUUGAAAAAUAGAAUAUAUCAUCAAAUGCUAAUAUUGAUAAUUACAAUCUGCUGUUGUUACUUUAUUCCACUACCAAAAUACUUUAUGGGUGUCUUGGCUGGUGUUUUCAUUUCAAUUUUGGUUCAAAGGAUUUAUAAAAUUUUUAAUCAAAUGUUAACUCUCCCAGUAAAGUUUGUAGCGCCUGUUUUAGAAAUUCCAGUAGUGGAACACGCUUGUGUAGAAAAAUUUGAAGGAUGGUUAAACGAACUACCAUACAAUUAUAAUCCUGAUAAUUAUCAUGUGGCUCGUACAAAGCCAGUAUUUUUUAAAUUACAAGGGGAUGCCCUUCAAAUUAUGGAAACGAGAACUAGAAUUCCUAAAAGAGCUGUUUGGGAUGAACCAAUGCACAAGCCCAAAUUCACCAAAAAAAGGAAAUAUUCUUUGGCUGGUGCAAAAAUUGAUUUGCUUCCGUCUGGUCUUAUUCGACUAAGACGAUGGAGUAAAAAGUAUCCAAUAUGCAUUACAUUAGAGAAAGAUACUUUGAAUGAUAUUACCGUAAUUGAAAAUUCUUCCGAUGACGAACCUCAACAAAUUGAUAUGGAAGCAGAUAAAAUGAUUUUGGAAGAAGAAGAAACCGAUGACGAACAUUCUCAAUCCAAAGAUUCUAAAGAUAUUUUUGAAGAUUGCCAGGAUGAUUACGAAAGCGAGGAUAUGAAAGUAAAAUUGUAUGUUUUUGCUAGAACAGAUCGACAAAAAGAAGAGUGGUUUAGACGCUUAGUUUCUGCGUCGGAAUAUAGUGACAGAAAAAGCUCGAAUUCCACAUCAAAAGAUGAAACAAUUUUAGGAAGUUCCUUAUCGUCGAUUAAUCUUGAAUCAAAACCAAUAACACCGUCCAUUGCAUCCGUUGAAAUGCCUUCCAUAUUAUCCUAUCAAGCGUACAUGAGUCGAUAUUCGGAGGUAAAGUUGUCCAAAGACGAAGCUACCAAUGGAUCUUCAGAUAAUAAUGUUAAUCUAUGGAUAAAUGCAUUGCUCGCUAGGAUACUUUUUGAUAUGCACAAGAGUUCGGAUACCAUUAACGUAAUUCAAGAUAAAAUACAACGAAAGCUUUCUAAUAUAAAGCUUCCAUAUUUUAUGGAAAGUUUGCUCGUAUCUGAAUUAGUGAUAGGCCAAGGCGCGCCAAUAAUAAAUAAUACAACGAAACCCUUUGUCGACGAGCGUGGACUGUGGUUUGACUUAGAUAUUGUUUACGAAGGGAGUCUAACCAUGACCAUAGAAACAAAAUUAAAUCUAAUGAAAUUAAAGAGGACGAGCUUAAUAUCAUCAAAUUCAAAUGACAUUAUAGGAGCUGAUAGGAUGCAGUCAACUAGAUCUCCGAUGUUUGAUAGCGAUAUGGAAGAUAGUCCAGAAACGUCCACAGAGGACGAGGAUGGCGUUUCGUUGGCAACAACUACUUCAUCUCGAGAAAACACACCAAAUCAAUCGUCCGGAUGGAAGUUUCUUAAUAUGGUUGAUAAACUAGCAUCUAACAAAUACUUUCAGCACGCUACUGAAUUGUCAUACAUUAAAAGAGCAAUGGAGGGAGUUUCAAAUACUGAAAUCAGAUUGAUGGUUAGUAUAUCCAGUAUAGAGGGACGCUUACUGGUCAAUAUACCUCCAUCACCCUCGGACAGGCUUUGGUACGGUUUCAAACCCAUUCCAAAGAUUUGUUUAACGGCCAAACCUGCAGUUGGAGAACGAGCUGUAAACAUUGUGUACGUAACAAAGUGGAUUGAAACGAAGUUAUUGAGAGAAUUUGAAAAGGUUGUAGUCAUUCCAAACAUGGACGAUCUUAUAAUUCCACUGUGCCCAAAUUAUCCUUACAAUUCAUAAAUAAGUUAACAGUAGCAAACCACUCAUCGAAUGGCAUCUGAAGCUUCCGUUUGUGCGUGCCGUUGUGACAAUUGCAACCGUCUCGCAAUAAUUUACGAAAAGUUACUUCGCAAUAAGUAAUUAUUACCGUGCAAUCUUUUUACAUUUU